GUUUGGUCGAGGUGUGGGGAUCUCAGGCUGUAUUAUUAGGGCGAGAGUAUCAUUCGGGUGUAGUACAUAUAUAUUUUUGAUAAGAUGUGCAAAAUGAUGUGUAAUUGAGAAGAAAGAUUGUCAAUAACGCGAAGAACACGGUUAGCCUUUGGAUUAGCGGGUCCUUAUCAUUCACCGUGUUCUUCCGACGCAUAGAUAGCAACGAGUCACCAUUUUUUUGGACAACGGGUGUAUGACACAGAAUCUUGUUCGGGCAGAUACAUAAAUAGACAUUCAUCUACAAAAUGACGGACCAGCAGAUGGAUUGUGCUUUGGAUCUCAUGCGGCGUUUGCCGCCCCAGCAGAUAGAGAAAAAUCUAAGUGACCUAAUAGAUUUGGUACCAAGUCUAUGUGAAGAUUUACUUUCAUCUGUAGAUCAACCCCUGAAAAUAGCAAGAGACAAGGAAAUGGGGAAAGAUUAUCUUCUUUGUGACUACAAUAGAGAUGGUGAUUCAUACAGGUCUCCUUGGAGUAACACCUAUGACCCACCUUUAGAAGAUGGAUCAAUGCCAUCGGAAAGACUCAGGAAACUUGAAAUAGAUGCAAAUCAUGCGUUUGACCAGUAUAGAGAGAUGUAUUUUGAAGGUGGUGUAUCUUCUGUUUAUUUAUGGGACCUGGAGCAUGGAUUUGCAGGUGUUAUUCUUAUUAAAAAGGCUGGUGAUGGAUCCAAGAAAAUAAAGGGCUGUUGGGAUUCAAUUCAUGUGGUUGAAGUUCAAGAGAAGACAAGAAAUGCACAUUACAAACUUACAUCCACUGCAAUGCUGUGGCUCCAGACAAAUAAGACUGGUUCAGGAACCAUGAACUUAGGAGGAAGUCUCACAAGACAGGUGGAACAAGAUGCAAAUGUUAGUGAAGCUUCUCCCCACAUCGCCAAUAUUGGUCGAAUGGUGGAGGACAUGGAGAAUAAGAUACGUAAUACUUUAAAUGAAAUUUACUUCAGUAAGACAAAGGACAUUGUUAAUGGUUUACGUAGUAUGCAACCACUGGCAGAACAGAGACAGCAAGCCAUGCUGAAGCAAGAUCUGGCAGCUGCCAUCCAGAGGAGACACGCAAAAACAGAAACAAACUGAGACAUCAAGUGACUGUUGUGCAAACUGCUAUGUGUUGACAGCAUCCGUCACACUGAUGGACAUAUAAGUGUUUCUACAAAUAGCUUCUCCAUGUCCAAAACUGACAUUAUUGAGCUGAGAAUGUCAGAAGGCAACGGGGUGUAAAUCUGAAGCCUGAGUGUGUCUUCCGCUGUCAUAAUCAUUGCAGGCAGUUGACUGUGUAAUGAGUUUCACAGUUGUUCAUGUUAAUUGUUUUAGAAAUAAUGUUGUUGAAUUAAUUAUUUUAAUCUUUAAAGUUGCUGGAGAGGUUUGAUAGCUGCAGAAAGUGGAACCUUUAAUGUACAGAUUUGUUUGCUUAGGAAAAAUACUGUCUCAAAAUGUUAUGUCAGAAAUGUGCAUGGAGAAGUACAGAGUUUAAACACAAGUGCAUCAUUUCAAGCGCCUCUGCAUCACUAAAUAACAUAGUAUGCAAUUUCUUAAAUCUCAGCUGUCAGAUGCUAAAGGUUUCUGCAUUUAUGAUUUGACCAACUUGAAGCUCUCUCAACUUUAUCAUUGAACUUCAUCCUGUGAAACUGUGCUCACCUAAUUCAAGUUAUGAAGCAUUUUCAAAAGGUUUCCUUUAUUCGGAGAAAAUGGAUUACAUGUGGGCAAGCAAUUUACAAUACUGCUGCCAUAGAUUGUGGAUUUACUAUGUUAUAUAAAAGUGUUGGGAAAUGUAAAGUGUGUUAGAACUGUAGAGUGGCCAUGUUAAAAUAAAACUGCUCAAUGUAUUAGAAUUUGUAUUAGCUUGGAGCUUUCUUGGUGCAUCAGCUGACCAUUCUACAGUUCAAAAGAUUGUGGUACAAUUUGUAGAAAAUGAAGAUCAGUUAGUUGUUUAUGAUUGAGGGCAAGAGAAUAUUCCCAUUUUGUUCUUCUGGUGGUAUGACACGGAGUGAAACUAAUACUUAAAGAGGAAUGUGGCAUAAAUAAAUUUUGUAAAUACUUGGGUCACAGGAUUAUGAUCAGUGAGAUGUAUAAUAAAUCUUUGGUGCUUUUUAUAUUGAAACCAGUGAACUGAAAAGUGUGUGUAUGAAAAACAGUGGUGAUAAUCCUAAGGUUGGACUCCGUUAAGUAUCUCUGGGACAAUACAAAAAGAUACAAUUAAUUAUUUUACAUAAGUUCAUGUAACCAUAUUUUUUAUGUUUUAUAUUGCCACUGUCCAUUGUGAUUUAAGGCAUCUUGCAAGUAUGCAUUUCAGUGUUUCAUAGGAGCUUUAAUUUUUUGUAUAUGUGUUUAAUUUUCAAUCAUAUUGUCAAACAAAGAAAAGAGGAAGCAUUCUGCUGUUAAACUUUUUCUCUGUGUUAGUUAACAUCUCCAAAUUGUGAUAUUCAAAAUUUCAUAUGCUACAUUUGCUAUAUAAAUUCUGCAACCCACAGAAGAGCUCUAACUCAGAAAUUAAUUUAAUUAAUCAACAUUUCUGAACAGAAAAGAAGCGAGUGCCCAGAAGCUGUACUGUCUGAUCAGUCACGCAAAGGAUAUUGUAAAAAAUUGGCAACAGAGUGACAGAAAAGUUAAUGUUGGGUGUAACCCAAAUUGACAAAAAAAAAUUAUUUUCUUUAGAGCAGAUAUGUUUUCACUUCUGAAUUCAAUGUGUAAACUCUUAUUAUUUAAUUUUAAACACCUCACUCCAUUAUAUCUUGUUUUUUAUAUAAAAGAUCUUUAUAUUCAUCUACCUGCAGUGGUUUCUACUAAAACGAUUGCUGUAUCAAAAUUAAGGGGCCUAUUAGCUGCAGUAGUUUGCAGACUACUUAAUAUGGUGCCACUUAGUUCUUUGUAUAAGAAAGAGUUUUGCACAAGUAAACCGUUACUCAUUUGGAAAAUUAUAUUAAUGAAUAGAUUCCUGUUAAUCUUACUGCACCUUAAGAAGUGUGUAAACUACUCUGAAUACUUCAGGCUUUUAAUGCUAUAAAAAAUUACCAAAGUGCCUACUGCAUAUUUUCAACACAAAUUUGAAUUAGGUCGACAUGUAAAUAAGAAGAGAGAACACAUCACUGGAUUGUGGAUUUUAUUUUGCGAAUGUGUCGUUGUGUAUCUGUGGCAUAUGUGAGGAGGGAAAGGGGGGGGGGGGGAGAGAGAGAGAGAGAGAGAGAGAGAGAGAGAGAGAUUGAUUUUAUAAAUGUUGCAAUACCAGGUUGUGGUUUUAGGCCUCAUUCGUGUUGUGCUGCUUGUAUGGAUACCCUCUUAGUACUUAGAAGUACAUUGUAUAGAGUAACAUUUUGCAUCUUACUCAGUUGUUCCAUUUUGGUAUGGAAGUAUCUUUACAUAGUAGGACAAUUUGAAAUUUAAAUUUUUGUUUGGUUGUAGAUGCUGUGUGGUAUGUGGAAUGUACGUUUGUUUCCAGAUUUGCACUUCAUACGUAUAUUUUUCAGCUGUUUAACACCUCUGUAAUCUGUAAAAAUUCUUUCCCACGACUAUUAUGAAUAGUACUAAGACAAAGCAUAACAGUAAAUUAAACUAUUUUGCAAAAUAUUUUUUUCUAUUUUAGAGCACUAUCCAUUUUGUACAUAGAGAUUUUACAGUGCAGAAACAAGAUAAGGAGAAUCACUGUUGAUCAAUUAGUCACAGUUCUUAUUGUAAUGUGUUCCAUAAUGGUGGUUGGUAUGUUAUUAAUAAACAUACCCAGCACAACUGUAUAUUUACAAAUAUUUGUUGGUUAUAACAUUACAGUUUUCGUUAUCAGCGUAGGUAAUGUAAAGUCGUAGAAAGAUGGCAGGUCAUACCUAAAUGUGUAUCUAGAAAUGGGAAUUUACAGGAAGAAAGCAUUAUGUUGAUUGUGAUAUGUCUAUUUUUUGUUACUAUGACUGAAAACCAGUCGGCAAUAAAACUCGCUCAGUAGUCUCAUAAUAAUGAGAUGACAUUUGUGGUACUUUUUUUUCCUGAGAUUCAGGUAAGAGCUGUCACAUGAGGCUUACAACACAGUACUGCUUUAUAACAUUCUAAAACCCACUGUAUCAUGUUGUAUUUAUUAUUAUUCUUAUGAUGAUUGUGCAUGGGUACUAACAUAGUAUUUUAAAGUCUGCAUAUGAUUUUUGCUAGAUUCCUGUGACACGUGCACCAGUAUUGCUGCUUAAGAUGUUGUAAGGUGUAGUUCACAUGCAUGGUUGCAUUCCCGAGGCUUUUUAUAUUAUUAUUGAUUAUUAUUGUUGUUGUUGUUAUUAUUAUUAUUACUGUUACUGCUGUAGUAGAAGCAGUCAGUAUUGUCCAGGUUAAAGAUGACUUGUUUCACUUUCCACUUGUUGCCCUCUUUUGGUAGAGGCAACUGUGUGUACUACACCUUGUAGUUUUUCAGCAAUUGAGAAAAUUGACUUCUCACAGCAUAAGGAACAGAUUCAUGCCAACGAUUUCUAAUAAGUGUCAUUGAUCACAGGACAUGAAAAAUGCAUGUGAUAAUUGUUUACAGUUUUUAUGGCCUUGAUAAUAUGCCAUUAAAAACUUUGUAGGUUUCAGUUUUCAUAACCCUCAUCUAACAAAUUAUUAACAUCACUUUCAGUCUUUGAAUAAAGAAGCCUUUGUUUUACAAAAGAAUUUGCUGUUGACGAAGCAUACAGCAUUUAGGGGGACGGGAUAAAUUUAGAGUAUAUUGCUUUUAAUUCCAUUGGUCGACAGUUAAUAUUGCAGUUCAUUUAGAGAGAAUGUUGCUUCCAUUUGAGUCAAUACUAUCAUAUCUUGUGUAUCAUCCACUUUUCCGUUUCCAAUCUGUUCACAGCAACAGAACAGAAUAUUUACUUUUUUUCUCCCAUCAUGUUUGUCAUUGGAAUGAAUAAAGGAAGGUUUAAAUUUAAACAUGCUAUUGAUCUACAGGGCAUCAGAGACUAAUUCUUGGGAUUACAUGCAAGUGCUGUGUAGGAGAUAGGGGUGAAGAAAUAUGAGAAAAAAUUUGACAUCAGUAAUGUCGGAAAAAGUCUCGUGAAAACUUUGACUGGUUGGUUUUUGUUUUAUUUUGUACAUUUGAUAGAUGUAAGGCUUUAACAUUUUCCAAAUAAUUUGCAAAUAUGAAUGUCAUUACAUGCUUAAUAUCGAAUAGUACAUUAGAAAUUUAUAAGCUUUUUGUUUGAAACCAGAUAUUUGUAAAAUCAAAAUGUCUUGUAUCACAAAGUUAAGAAAACUUUUCUGCAUUUUCUUAUAAAGGUGACAUCCUCUUGAGUUCUUGUUUUAUUAUUAUUAUUGUUGUUGUUGGUUAACAAUCAUUCGUUUGUUCCAAGAAUAAGAACGUCUCAAAAAUGUGGAAAACAAAGUAACUGGCCAUAUGAGACUUUCAUGAGUAUUGCAUAGACUGUAAAGCUCAAGUUAUUAUGACUGUAUAUGAAAGUUCUAGCAUGUUAACUUGAUCCUUUUCGACAAAUAUCUGUAGAAAAACUUCAACAGCACUGCAUAAGGCGUAGCUUCUUUAUUUUUAGAUAUUUUCAUUUUGCAGUGAAUGAAGCUUUCUGUAGUUUUCACUUAAAAUUAAUGGCAAGUCUUAUUACUACAUAAUUAUGAGCUGCUUAUUGUGAUUUGUAUUGUUUGAAUGUAAGGAAGUGAGCACUUUUUGCUUAUCUGCAUGUCCAUAUUCUGUUUCAAUUCAUAUCCAAACAUGUAUAGGAUAUACUGUUUUAAUAGCAUGUGGAACCAACAUCCUUGGUUAUUUUUACAUUAUCUCAGAAAUGUGUCUCUAAUUAGUGCCUAUAUUUCUCUUUGGGAAGUAUGUUCUCUAUUCGUAUGUUUGCAUUUUAUGUCAUCCUUGCUUCACCCGUUAUUCUCAUCAGUACUUUAAUCUUAUCAAUACUUCCAACAGGACAUCUAAGUCAUCGCUUUAACAUGACAUCAAUGUCAUUAGCAAAUAAUAUUGAUAUAAUUUCACACUUCUGUACCUUUGUUAACUCUCUCAUUGAUGUCUUCGUUUCCUUAAGUUAAACUGGCCAUCAUCUAACAAACCACCAAUUUUCUUUUCCUUUAUUUAUUAUUUUUUGUGAAUAAGUCCAUUAAGACUUUGCAUAAAGUACUUAGAGGUGGACAUUUGCGUUCACAUAUUCGUUUCAUUAUCUCUUAUAGACCAUGCUAUUCUAGUGAUCUCCAUUGAUUUUUCCUCUCGUUCAGCUAGCCACUUUCAAGUUUUGGACUUGAAGAUUUUGCAAACUUGAACUUCAGGAGUAUUCCUGCCAGUUCCACAUCAGUUUUGAUCUCACCAACCCAUUUCCAUCAUGUCAGUUUUUGCUUCGCUCCUGUUGCCACAAUAUUUGACUACUUGUUUUGUAAAUCUGACUGGGUUCACUUUUUUAAUAUACCCAUAGAUUCUUAAGUUGGGGUUUUUAAUGUCAGUGUUGUUGUUGUUGUUCAUUUAUUGUCUGAUUUCCUUAUUGUUCCUUAGUUAGUAUUGUUUGCAAGUUUUGGGCUGAGAAUGUUCCUUAAGAUUUUGAAUUCCUUUUUCUGGUAUUUUUAGUGACAGUUUUUCUGUCCAAAAUUGGUGUUCCUGAUCCAGAAAGGCUUUGUGGUUUGGUUAUUGUACGGUAAUGUCUUAAUUUUGUUUAUUUUGAUGUACAUUUCUUGUUGCAGGUAUUUUGAAUAAGAUGGGUAAGCAGUUUCUGGCUUUUGAAAUCUAACAUUGUGUACUUUAGUGUCAAUUCCAUUAUCAUGAAAUAUUUGCCAGAUCUCAUCUUUAUGAACUUCGGUGUUUCUUUAUGGCAGGUCACAUACUCCGUCUUUUAAAAAGAUACCUGGAAACACUUCUUCUGCAGUUUCUUUCAAAAGUCCAGUCUGAUUUUGGACUGAUGAAAUGUUGCGAGUUAACAUUGUUAAAUUGUCUGUCUGCGAUCAGCUUUAGGUUAAAGAUUUGCUCUGGACAUGAAUGACCUGGUAUGAAUCCUACCUAAUACGCUGUAAUUUUUGGUUAAAGUUGUUUCUGUGCUCUGUUGAGAGAACAUUGGGAUAGAAUUCUGUAUGCAACUGGUAUUAAUGAGAUUCCUCCACUCAUUUGCAUCAUUUCUCUAUCUUUUUCUUGUGUAAUGGGUGAAUUAAUACCUUUUUCCAGUCUUGUGGUAUUUGUUAUGUUUGCUAGAGUCUUACAUGAUUUUAGUGACUUCUUUUAUGAUGUUUGAGCCUGCUGAUGUGAAGAUUUGUGCUAUGAUUCCAUCCUUCUCAAUGCUUUAUUGUUUUUUAGUCUUUUGAUCUGUUUGGCAAUUUCUUCUUCAUUUUAUGGUAAUGAAUUUACUAUUAUUAUAUGUGGGCCCUCACUGUUUGUAGGACUGUGGUGUGAAUGGUACUCUUCUAGUAGCUCGGUGGGAUGUCUAGAGUCUCAUAGAUUCUAAUCUUGAAUAAUUUUUUAGUUCCAUUUUUGUCAUGCUGUCUUUCCAAUCUUCCUUUGUUUAUUUCGCAUAUAUAGUUUUACUAAACUUGAUAACAUAUCAAGUUUUACCAAACUUAAUCUCUCUAAAAGUACACUGUACAAUGCUAAAGACUGGUACAGGUAUUAAGUCUUCUGUUUUCUGUCAAUGUAGUCCAUAAACCCUACUUGUCCUGCCUUUCUUAUGCCUUCAAAUUUAUAAAUGUUACUUAUCAAUCAUAUCAUCAAACAGAAUACCUUUCAUGCAGACAUCAGAUACCCAUACAAAAUGUCAUCUAUUUACACACACACACACACACACACACACACACACACACACACACACUGAGAAGAGAAAGUGCUUUGGUCUAAAUUUGUAAAUACUGUAUUCGUUCUUUGUAUAAACUGUAAAGUAAAAAAGUAAAUUUGAUAUUUGGAAAUGUUAACAAGUUUAGAUGUAAUACAGGGAAAAUAAGUGUAAAAGAAAAUUGAAGUGACAGUUCCAAGCUUCUGAGAUUUUUCUUUCUGAAAACUAUGGUAGCAGCAUAACAUGUGGAAGUAAAGUUUAUUGCUAUCUUUUUUUCUGUUUUUUUUUCUUUUUUUAACCUAUUCAUUAGUGAUAUUGUAUGUUAAAAGACGCUGGUGAUAUUGUGUUUUAAAAAUGCAUGUUUGACUGCUACACAACAUUUCCAUUUCAGUGAGGGGUAUAGGCUGUGUUAUAAUGUGAAAUUCAAUCAAAGAAAAUUGCUUCGUCUUGUUGUUCAACAAGAGUUACAAUUUGAAGUAACUGUUAGUUCUGUUACUUUCUUAAAACAUUUUUAGUUCAUGUUAGUUUUCCAUUUUGCUUCACAAACAUUCCAUUCAUAAAGCUCUGCAUUAAAUAUGUGGCUGCUAUAAAAGCAUUUUCCAGCCUGAUAAACUGCCAAUUGUUUGCUAACAUGUAACUGCCACUUUUCACUGUGUUAAGUCUACUUCAUUUUACAGGUUUUUUAUUUGCAAGAACACUCUCUCUCUCUCUCUCUCUCUGUCUGUCUGUCUGUCUGUCUGUCUGUGUGUGUGUGUGUGUGUGUGUGUGUGUGUGUGUGUGUGUGUCACAACCAUAGCCUAUUAUAUUGUUAAGAAUUUGAAAUUGUUGUGAAAUAUGCAGUAGUUACCGAAAAUUGAAUAGAGAGACAGGGAUGCAUAAAUGGUACAAGUAAUGCUACGCAUUACCUUUGUAACGUGUCGAACUAUAUGCAAAGUUGUUUCCUCAAUAAAAAUUGGCUAAAUUGUUGGGAAGGUGCAUUAUUCCCAAAAUGCUGUAAUGAUGCUAGUGAGGUAAUUAACAAGAUUACAGAUUGUUAGUUAUUAUAGCUGUGAAAUCAACUUUGUAUUCUAAUUAAAACCAUUUUCUAAGUAAACUGUUUUGUACUCCCUGUGUAUAUAAGCACAACAUUUAUUUGAAAUAUUAUUGUAAUGUGCAGGUGUUUUUUAUCUUCUGCAGUGCCUGCAGGUGCUUGCCAAUAGAACAGCAGUUCCAUGGAAAUAACAGUAUUUUGUUACUACAUGCAGAUAAUUUUAUUGCCUAAAUUUAUGUUGCAUUCGUAUUAAUAAUUUACAUCUGUUGUGCAGUGCACUCUGAUGUCAGAGAAUGAGAGUAUCAUAUCUGUUACUAUGAAUCCUUUGAAACUAUGGUUGGAGGGUACAUCAGAUACCUUCAUAGAUAUGGGUUGAGAAAAUAAAAUUAUUUUCAGUGAA